GAUUUUGGUGAUGUGCACUAUCAUGUACAUGAAAAUUCGUAUUAUGCCGUCACAUAUAUUAUGCGUCGAGUGGCCUAUAUGAGAUAGAGCACCGUACACCGAUAGACUCACCACGGCACCGAUUUCCAAGGAAUACAUCUUCUAAGUUGCUGCUCCAGAAAAUAGAUAUGGCUAAGCCAUCCCUUCUAUCCAAGCUUCUUCCGCUACUACUGAUUAAUAUAAUUGGUAGCGUGUUUCUGAAGAAAUACCACAGCAGCAACGACGCAGGAAGCGCCGUGAACCCUCUCUUGAUACAAGUUGCUGUCAACCUAUCCGUAUGGAUCUCCUACAAGACCUUCAUCUAUCCCCGCUUUCUCAGUCGCCUCAGGUCACUACCGACAGCUAAAGUGGGUAAAAGAACAAGAACACUACCAUUCAUUGGCUAUGGGCCUGUCCAAUUCGCCGAUGCCCGCGGUGAAACAUUAUUGAAAAUGUCCGACACAGUGCCAAACAAAGGCUUGGUUCGGUUUCACGGAUUUAUGGAAAGCGAAUGCCUCCUACUCACGAGUCCAGAAGCCACUCAAGAAGUACUUGUUCAAAAGUCAUAUGAUUGGAUCAAGCCGCCAGCGGCGAAAAAGUUGCUCGAAUGGUGGUUCAAAACCGAUUUGCUUUUUUCAACUGAAGGUGCUCGUCACCGUGAGAUGAAGAAGAACAUGACAGCAUUCUUCAGUCUUGCGAAGGUGAAGGUCUUGUACCCACUUCUGUGGGAGAGGGCUCUUAAGAUGGCCGAUGAAAUUGAACGUGCCGCCAAACUUGACACUUGCAAGAGCGGGACAGUUGAUAUCAAGCAGUUUGUAUGGCAGCAUACACUUGAUACUACCAGGCGUACCAUCUUUGGGGAGCAGAUAGAGAAGUCUCCCCGUAGAUAUGAGAUCAUGAAGCUACAAGGAUCGGUUUUGGGUACCACCUGGGACAUGAGAGUCUAUUACGCUUUGAAUGCCUUCUUGCCGAGGUGGACUGUGAACUUGAUUCCCGGUGGUAUCAGCGAGAGGGUCAAAAGCUCAAGCGAGGAUUUGACAAAGGCUAUUAGCUCAUUCAUAAAAGAGGUGGAGUCAGAGACGUACUCAGCAAGUCUGCCUGGAAUAGCUGUUCAAAUGUCUCAAGCAGGAUUUUUCACUGAUGACGAGCUGGUAGCCAACAUGUUAGGAAUUGUCAUUGCAGCAGUCGAGCCAACUGCAGCUGCCUUCCUUUGGGUUAUAUAUUAUCUAUCGAAAUAUCCCGAGUGGCAAACAAAGGUCCGCGAUGAGAUGAAAACAAAGAUACCAUACUCAAGUGCCAUUGGACAAACCGAAGUUGUCAACGUCGCCGAUACAUUUGAAAGCCUUACAUAUCUAGACGCUGUUUGUAACGAAGCACUACGACUAAUGCCAACAAACCCUACAACCAAUCGUAUUGCCAAGGAUGACACAACGAUACUAGGCCAGUAUGUUCCCGCUGGGACAAAGGUCUUCGUCUCUUCAUACGUUCUUGAUCGCCACCCUCAGAUCUGGGGUCCCACAGCUCGGGAAUAUAACCCGGGCCGCUGGCUGGAGAAGCGCCCGAACGAAAGGCUUGAAAAGCGUACUGGAGUGGCAACAAGCUCCCACGCGGGAUUCUUACCUUUCUUACAUGGGUCGCGCAAGUGUAUUGGCUUCAUGUAUGCCCAGGCUGAUAUUCGCUCACUCGUGGCGUCUCUUGUUGGGCGAUUCGAGUUUGAGAUGGCGGAUCUUAAUGAGAAAAUCAUUCCGGCUGGCGUACUUUCGAGCGCGCCCAAAAACGGUUUGAACAUUCGCAUUAAGAGAGUAGAGGCAUGGUAG